GACUAGAGAGACCGAAGCCCCAGCCAAGAACCUCCUCCGUCCCUGUUCUUCUCUAGCCGCCGCCGCCGCCGCAGGUCCUCAGCCCCUCGGCGUGCGGCCGCCCCAGCCGCACAUCCAGCCUUCAGCUCGCGCCCACCCCAAUACACCGGCGUCCCCGCACCAAGCGGCGGCCGAGUGCGACUCUCGCGCGCCUGAAUCUGAAGCCUCCGGGCUCAAGCUCGUCGGCGCCGACGGGGCCGGAGGAAUGGCGUGGCGGAUGCUGCGAAGGAAGGAGUUCCACACGGGCCUUGUGAAUUUGGCGUUCCGUGCAGAUCAUUGGGGCACGAAGCAUUUCUCCGAUGGAGCAGUUGGAAAGCUGGCACAGUUCUACCGCAGUGAGAGGCCCAAUCAUGCUGCUAGGUGCGUGCCCUCUAACCAUUUCAUUAUCAGGAAUUUUCAUGCAGGAGUUUAUAUGUUAGCAUGGAGUCGGAAAAAGGAGGACGUUGUAGGGCUGAAAGCUCCUAAAAAGGAGAAGCGAGUGAAGAGAGAAAAUAGAACACAACCUCCUGUAGAAGCACCUUAUGUUGCACCAAAACCGAAGAUAGCUACCAAAUCACCAGAUAAAACUGUUGAGAUUUUUGACGGGAUGACAUUGCUUGACCUCUCUAAACGAACCGGUGCAUAUAUUAGUACACUUCAAGGCAUACUUGCAGAUCUUGGUGAAAAGGUUGAAUCAGAGUUUGACUCUAUCAGCAUUGAUCUUGCUGAGUUGGUUGCUAUGGAACUUGGUGUUAAUACCAGAAGAAUGCACACUGGUGAAGGCAAAAAUGAACCACGUCCUGCUGUUGUAACGGUAAUGGGCCAUGUUGACCAUGGUAAAACAUCGCUUUUGGAUGCUCUCCGGCAAACAUCUGUUGCAGCCAAGGAAGCUGGUGGUAUCACUCAGCAUAUAGGUGCCUUUGUUGUUGAGAUGCCAUCAGGAGCAUCUAUCACAUUUCUUGAUACUCCAGGACAUGCUGCCUUUAGUGCGAUGCGGGCUAGAGGUGCUGCUGUUACAGAUAUUGUAGUCCUUGUGGUGGCAGCAGAUGAUGGUGUUAUGCCUCAGACACUUGAAGCUAUGUCGCAUGCAAAAUCAGCAAAUGUCCCUGUUGUAGUUGCCAUAAACAAAUGUGAUAAAUCUGGAGCUGAUCCCGAGAGGGUCAGAAUUCAACUUGGUUCAGAAGGCUUGCUUUUGGAGGAUAUGGGUGGGGAUGUGCAGGUUGUCGAAAUCUCUGCAGUAGCAAAAUCAGGUUUGGAUAAAUUGGAAGAGGCUUUGCUCCUUCAAGCUGAGAUGAUGGACCUGAAAGCCAGAAUAGAUGGCCCUGCUCAGGCUUUUGUGGUGGAGGCUAAGGUGGACAGGGGUAGGGGUCCGCUGGCAACAGCUAUAGUCAAGUCUGGCACAUUAGUUAGUGGGCAACACAUUGUUGUGGGAGCAGAGUGGGGAAGAAUUAGAUCUCUUAGAGACACAGCAGGGAAAAUUACAGAGUCUGCAAAACCUGCGAUGCCUGUUGAGAUUGAGGGGCUAAGGGGCCUUCCAAUGGCUGGGGAUGAUGUCGUGGUUGUUGACUCAGAGGAAAGGGCAAGAAUGCUUAGUCAAGGGCGGAAGAAGAAGCAGGAGAAAGAUAGACUUCGAAAGAUUGAUGAAGGCAUGGCAGAUGAGCUAGAAAUUAAAGAAGAGACUCCUGAAAGAGUAGAAAUGCCCAUCAUUGUCAAAGCUGAUGUACAAGGCAGUGUUCAAGCUGUUACAGAUGCCUUAAGGAGUCUUAAUAGCGCACAGGUUUUUGUGAAUGUUGUUCAUGUCGGUGUUGGCCCAAUUAGUCAGCAUGACAUUGAUCUGGCACAAGCAUGCGGAGCGUAUAUAGUUGGUUUCAACAUUCGCAGUCCACCUAUUGCUAUCACUCAAGCAGCAGCAAGAGCCAACAUAAAGGUUUUGCUGCACAAAGUUAUCUAUCAUCUCCUCGAGGAAAUGGGAAGGACCAUUGUAGAGAAGGCACCAGGGACAGCUGAAACCCAGGUUUCGGGGGAGGCUGAGAUUCUGAACAUAUUCGAGCUGAAAGGGCGCAGCAAGUCAAAAGGACCGGACAUCAGAAUUGCUGGCUGCCGUAUAACUGACGGCCACUUUAGCAAAUCUGGAACCAUGAGACUGUUGAGGAGCGGAGAUGUUGUCUUUGAGGGUCCCUGCGCGUCUCUGAAGAGGGAGAAGCAGGAUGCAGAAACAAUAGAAAAGGGUAACGACUGUGGACUGGUGAUUCAGGAUUGUGAUGAUUUCCAGGUUGGGGAUAUCAUACAGUGCUUGGAGCAGGUGAUUAGGAAGCCCAAGUUCAUCUCGACGCAGAGUGGUUCGGUUCGGAUUGAAUGCUAAUAUAGUAAUUGUUUGUGGCUGACAUUUUUCCGUCCUCUAUUAAUUCAGCCAGUUGUGCUGAACUGACCAAAGGUUUGUAGUGUAACAAGAUUUUGUUCGCUAGCUGACUUGUUGCAACUGUGACCGACACCCAUUCUGAUGUGAACUAGGACACUAUUACUUAUUCAGGAGCUUUUAUAGCCUUUCGGCUCAUGCCUACAUGAGAAGGAUCAGUGGGUUGUAUAUUCCUUUUCAUAAUCCAUCCAAACCAUGUCGCGGGGAAAAAAAAGACAGAUUAUCUACUAUUGUAAUUGCCACAAUCGAUUCCGAGCUGUGGAGUCAAACUGAAGCCUUUUAUGUUGAUACGUAUUAUGUAUGCUGUAUCGCAUGCUGACUAA